AUGUUCAACGCUGCCAAGAGAUACGCGACAGUCGCUAUUGUCGAUGAUGCCGGCGAGCACACGUACGUGCAGCUGCUGCAGGAUGCGCGCAAGGUCAAGAGCGCCCUGGGCGAUCGGGACCACAAGGGCGCCAGCAUUGCGAUGCUGGUUCCCAACGGCUACCAGUAUGCCGCCGUGCAGUGGGGAAUCUGGGCUGCUGGUGGUGCAGUUGUGCCUCUGAGUCCCAUGCACCCGGACCGCGAGCUCGAGUACUUCAUCACAAACUCGGAGGCCAAGACCCUCGUAUGCCACCCGGCGCUGCUGCCUAACGUGCAGCCUGUGCUCGACCGUCUGCAGGGCCAGAUCUCGGUUGUCAGCACCGAUGUCAUCCAUGACCUGCCCAACCUGCCUCAGGCCGACGACCUCGCUGUCGAUGAUGAGCAGGGAGCGCUGUUCAUCUACACCAGCGGCACCACCGGGAAGCCCAAGGGUGUGGUUCUGACACACGCCAACAUUGCGGCCCAGAUUACUGACCUCGAGGAGGCCUGGGGAUGGACGCCCGAGGACCGUCUGCUGCACGUCCUGCCUCUGCACCACCUGCACGGCAUUAUUGUCGCGCUGUGCACUGCGCUGUGGUCGGGAGCCACCACCGAGAUGCUGCCCAAGUUCGACAAGGACCGCGUCUGGAACCGUAUCAUCGACGGGCCGCAGGACGCUGCCGAGGAGAUGCCGACCGAGCGCCAGCGCCAGGCAUACACGGCCAUGAACAGCCUGCGGCUGACGUGCUCUGGCUCGGCGGCCCUGCCGACAUCGGUGUUCCGCCGCUGGCAAAAGGCCACGGGCCAGAUUAUGCUGGAGCGCUACGGCAUGUCUGAAAUCGGCAUGGCUCUGAGCAACGACGGCCUGAACCCGCAGAACCGCAAGGCCGGGUCGGUCGGCAAGCCGCUGCCCAAGGUGCAGGUGCGCCUGAUAGAUGCCGAGGGCAAGGACGUGACUGAGACGCCAGGCGCAUCAGGCACCAUCCAAAUCAAGGGCCCCAAUGUGUUCCACGCCUACUACGGCCUCCCCGAGAAAACCGCCAAGGAAUUCACGUCCGACGGCUGGUUCAUCACCGGCGAUGUGGGCACGCGCGACUCGGACGGCCUCUACUACAUCAUGGGCCGCAUGAGCGUCGACAUCAUCAAGUCGGGCGGCUUCAAGCUGUCGGCUCUCGAGAUUGAGCGCGAGCUGCUUGAGCACCCGAACAUUGUCGAUGUCGCGGUCGUGGGCGUGCCCAGCGAGGACUGGGGCGAGGUCGUGGCCACUGCCGUCACCCUCAAGCCCGAUACGACGCUGACCAUCGAGGAGCUCAAGCCCUGGUGCUAUGAGCGCAUCUCGCGCUACAAGACCCCGAAGCUGCUGCGUAUCGUCGACGAGCUGCCCCGGAAUCUCAUGGGCAAGCUCGACAAGAAGGCCGUCAAGGCUAUGUUUGCGUGA